AUGUCGAUGCUGCUCAGGAAGGAGAACGCUUGCUACGACACCACAGAGUGGGACGAGCUGCAGAAGAAGUAUGGAAACCUUGAUACUGAGCUGGGGAGCGAUCGCUACUUGAAGGAUCUGGAGGAGGAGACGAGAGCGAUAGGAGAUCUUCUGAAGAAGCAGGAGAAGGAAGAGGAGAGGAGAUGGAAUCAAAGGGCGAUGGAAAUGGGUGAUGAAGACGACGAAGCUGACGAAGACGAGCAGACAUUCAUGGAGAACUACAGGCAGCGCAGGCUCGAAGAGAUGAAAGCUGCAGCCAAGGCAGCCAAGUUCGGUGAAGUCUACAACAUCUCGGCAGACUCCUUCCGACAGGAAGUGACGGAUGCGGCAACAGAGAGUCUGUUUGUGGUUGUUUACCUGUAUCGCGAUGGAAGAGCCGACUGCGAGCUUGUGAAUGAGAUGUUGACCGAGAUGGCGAAGAAGAACCCCAACACAAAGUUCACGAGGAUAUACUACUCGAACGCGAUCCCCAACUACCCUGAAGCACAUCUGCCGACCAUCUUGGUAUAUCAUAAGCAUGACAUCGUCAAGCAGAUAGUAACUCUACGAGAAUUUGGAGGUUACGAAAGAAUGGCAAAACCAGACGGCAAGAAACUGCUCGCUAAAGCUCUCAGGUUUUUCAACAACAACUUGUCACACGCCAAUGAUCUUUGA